AUGAAGAAAACCCUCAUCUUCUUCCGCGGAAGAGCUCCCAAUGGCAAGAAAUCCAAUUGGGUGUGCCAUGAAUACAAAUUGGAAGGAAAAUUCUCUAAGGGUAAAGGAGCUAAGAAUGAUUGGCUCGUGAGGAUGGGCUCCCCCGCAGCGGCAGCGGCACUGUCCCCUCUCAUAGACCCCUCCCCUUACAACAACGUCGAGCUGGAAUCGGGCCACGUGCACUGCUUCUCGAACACCGAUCCAAUCAAAAUCCAAGAAAACAAUCCGGCCAUUCUCAGGCAAUUUCUCGCUAGCUACAGACACAACAUGAACUACGGAUUCAAGAACAAGAAGGAAAUUGUUAGAAUGUUGAAGGAAACUGUGUUCAGCACUGAGAACUCCUAUGUCGUUUCCAAUCUUGAGACCGGAAACAGGCCGUUUGAGGAGCAGGAGAAUGCAGUUGAGCCCUAG